GGGAAGCUCUACGGCAUCCCGGUGCGUGGCACCAUCGCCCACUCCUUCAUCAUGUCCUUCACCUCGUUGGAGGAGGUGAAACCCCGGGAGCUGUCACCACUGGUAGGAGGAGAGCCAGUGGACUUCCUGGUCUUGGCCAAGUCAUGGUUGGGGCAGGCUCCACCUGAGAAGGUGAACCAGGGUGAGCUGGCUGCCUUCGUGUCCUACGCCAUCACCUUCCCACAGGACUUCCAGGGACUGCUGGACACCUAUUGUGUCAGGAGGAGUGGUUUGCCCAACUUCUGUGCCGUGGCGCUGGCCCUGCACCAACUGGGGUACCAGGCCAUCGGGGUGCGUCUGGACAGCGGGGACCUGGCCCAGCAGUCCAAGGAGGUCCGCCAAGUGUUCCGAGCCUGCGGUGCUCACUUCCAGGUGCCCUGGUUUGAGACCAUCCCCAUCACUGUCAGCAAUGACAUCAGCGAGCAGAACCUGGAGGAGUUCAGCCAGGAGGGAAGCGAGAUCAACGUGAUCGGCGUCGGGACGAACCUGGUGACGUGUCCUCUGCAGCCAUCGCUGGGCUGUGUUUACAAGGUAAUGUCCUCUGCUCUGCUGGGCUUGUGGGGU